AUGUCUACAAUGCCUUACACAAUUACUGAUUCUUCUGAGGAAGAUGUCCAACAUACUUUACAAAAAACUGAAAAGCUUAUCCAACCUAAUAACCUUCGAUUAAAAAAGAAAAAACUUGCACCAGUUCACGAAUAUCUUGAUGAGCUUAGUGACGAUCUUGAAACAUUCAAGCUCU